UAAUGGUAACGUUGGUUGAGGAGAACAGAGAGGCGAGUUUCAACACGUUCCUCUGAAACUCUAAAUGGCACAGUCUUGCCGCUUUAUUCUUGUUUGCGGCUUGAUAAGAAGAAAUGUUUCUGCAAUAAAAUCGCGAUACCCAUGCUUGUGUCCAUAUGUUCCUGACAACAAAAAAGAUUUACGGAAUUUCAUUUUUCCAUAACUUUUAUUUGCCCAAAACAAUAUCUAUUUUAUAAAACCACAUGGCAUUCUGAGUCACGGAAACACAUAUCAAAAUGCAAGAAAGAUUGUACAUAUGUGUGCUAUGUACAUAUGUAGGUGACCAGCGCCACGUACGAUCUUUAACUGAAAUAAGUCCUGUCUUGCGCGCGUAGCCCUCUAGUGAACAAGGUGUGAAACGUACACAAACCGCACACGCACACAUAGACAGCCAGCAUGGCACACGGUUAUCACCACGCUCAUCCCUCGCACGCUAUACUACACAGCGGAUAUCACUACCCCACCGUCAGAGCAUGGCAAGAGACAAAUGUCACCAUAACAACGGAUAAUUUGAUAUAUCCUGUUUUUGUCACGGAUGAUCCAGAUGGGUAUGAAGAGAUAGCAAGUCUUCCAGGACAGGCACGUGUUGGCGUGAACAAGCUAGCGUCUCUGCUCACUCCUCUAGUACAAAAGGGGCUAAAAACAGUUCUCAUAUUUGGUGUGCCUAACCAUUUACCAAAGGAUGCAGCAGGCAGUGCGGCAGAUUCCCAGAACUCUCCAGUAAUCGCUGCCAUUCAGCUUAUUCGUCGACUGUUCCCAGACCUCUUAGUAGCCUGUGAUCUGUGUCUAUGUGCAUAUACUAACCAUGGACAUUGUGGAAUUUUGUAUGAAGAUGGCUCAGUUAACAAUGAGGCCAGUAUACGACGGCUGGCGGAAGUGGCCCUUAUCUAUGCCAAAGCUGGGUGUCAGAUCAUUGCGCCCUCCGACAUGAUGGACGGGAGAGUGGGCGCAAUUAAGAUCAACCUCACCAACCAUGGCCUAGGAAGCAAGGUGUCCGUGAUGAGUUACAGUGCCAAGUUUGCCUCAGGAUUUUAUGGACCAUUUAGAGAUGCAGCAAAAUCAGCACCAAGUUUUGGUGACAGAAAAUGUUACCAGUUGCCACCUGGCUCCAGGGGACUGGCACUCCGAGCUGUGGAGAGAGACAUAAAGGAAGGUGCAGACAUGUUAAUGGUGAAGCCAGGCAUGGCAUAUCUGGACAUCGUCAGGCAGGUCAAAGACAAGUAUCCAAACCAUCCACUGGCAAUCUACCAGGUGUCUGGGGAAUAUGCAAUGCUGUAUUGGGGCGGUCAGCACGGGUCAUUUGACCUAAAGACUGUACUGAUGGAGACCCUUGUGGGAAUGAGGAGAGCUGGUGCUGAUAUCAUUAUUACAUACUUCACGCCAUUGUUAUUAGACUGGUUGAGCCAGAAGGACGAAUAGCGGUGCCUGUUCUCUGAGCGCAUUUCACAUUCUAUAUUAUUUGACACAACUUACACAUUUUGCUGCUGAGCCAGAGCACAGGCACAACUUACCAUUGCAGAAGUUGCGAUUGUGCUGAGAGAAAUGCCAGGCACAUCUAACGCAAUGACUGUGACUGCAGACGGUUUGACAACAUUGCACCAAAGACGAUCUGCAUGACGUCUUAUUCAGAUGUAAUAAGAAGAGAUUGGAACCACUUACCUUAUGCAUUUAAUUAUCAUUAAUGGAUAUAUAAGCAAGAUCUAAAUUGUCAGCUAUGAGCUAAUACUUCUGCAUAAAGAGUAAAUUGCAGUGUUUCCUGGUGUAGGGCGACUCGAUUGUACUAUGACCAGACCGUUUUACUUUAAGAUAGAAACUGCUUUGAGGGAAGAAAAGUAAACUUCAGGAUGUUAACUUUGCUUUGCUCAGCAGGGUUCAAUAAUUUAAGCACAGAUGGAGCACGGGUGAAGAAAUUUAGAAGCACAGCUGUGCAAAAACGGCCAUGGGAAAAUAUCUCAUAAAUUUAAAAGUCGAUUUUCUUUCAAUCAUUUUUGUGCUAAAUUGAUCAAUUAUCACCAUAACUCCCAAUAACAACCAAAGAGUGUAGACAACAAGCCAUGAAAUGACUAAACUACUAACUAGUUUUUUCUCCUGAUCUUCUGGACACACUGAUACGGAGUGAGACUUUACACAGGAGCCACUGUUGAUCGAGUUUAUUUUUAACUACGGCCCAGUAUACUGAGUCGUAGUUUUUAAUAAUUUGACACAUUUUUUUGACCUGAUU